GUGAGAGUGCCGCGGUCCGAGCACAUGUGCAGGAUUACAAACUGUGCCCGACAUCCCUGGAUAAGAUGGAGGGCUGCUAUGUGCCCAACAACCCGGCGCACUACGGGCUGGAGCCGCACGGGGGGUGUACCGCCCCCGGUGCCGUCUCCGCCAUCCCCGCCGCCUCCGCUCAGUCGCUCUGGACCGACGACAUGGGAUCCUUCUCGCUGCCGCCUCUCGAUCUGGACCCGCUACCCAGCCUCUUCCCCUUUAGUCCCAAUAACUACAAGUCAGACUUUGGGCCUCUGUUUGAGCCCAAGCACGAGCCCAAGCAGCCCCAUGAUGUCGCUGAUGUGCUGCUGUCCCUGAAACACGCUGUGGUACAUCCAGGACAAGCCUCGCCCACCUACUACCCCCAGGCACAGUGUGGGGUUGCUCCUAGUCCCACUGCUUCUCUCUCUUACACAGUACACCCUCAUCAGCAGAUGAUGUCUCCGGGUGGUAGUUACGCAGCAUCACAGUAUGACCAGAGUUACCACCAGACGCCAGUGUUCCCCAGCAUGAGUGUGAAUGUGAGCAUGAACAUGACCAUGCACGGCUACCCUCCCACCAUGACUGACAAUCUGCAACACCAGAUGACAUGUCCUCAGAUGCAGUGGUCAGCUACCGCUCCCUCUAAUCUGUCCCCAGUUUACCAGAGCCAAGGACUAUUGAGUCCUCAAGCUGCUUACCCCGGUGGUGCCACCUACUCCUUCACUGCAGACUUCCGACCACCGCCAACCGAUCAGUCAUUUCUCUGUGCCUCAACGCCAUCUUCUUUCAAACCUGUGCUCAAUAAAUCUGUACAUUUUCCACCUGCUGGUGCCUGUCUUAGAUCUGCUAAGAGACCUCCGUCUAGUUUAGGAAAGGUUCCUCCAUCAAUGGGCUCUCUGGAAAAUGAUUCGUCACGGCCCAACCUCUGUCGCAUCUGUGGCAAGACAUAUGCCCGACCUAGCACACUCAAGACUCAUCUCCGAACACACUCAGGAGAAAAGCCCUACAGGUGUGACGACUGUAACAAGUCAUUCAGCCAAGCCGCCAACCUGACAGCUCAUGUCCGCACUCACUCUGGAGAGAAACCCUUCCGCUGCCCCAUCUGUGCGAGAAGGUUCUCACAAUCAUCGUCAGUGACAACACACAUGCGGACACACUCGGGUGAGCGGCCGUACCGCUGCAGACUCUGCAAGAAGGCAUUCUCCGACUCCUCCACACUCACCAAGCACCUCAGGAUACACUCCGGGGAGAAACCUUACCAGUGCAAGCUUUGUCUGCUGCGGUUCAGUCAGAGUGGCAACCUCAACAGACACAUGCGCGUGCACGGCAGCGCAGCCGGAGGACUGUUACUGCCUGCGUGACAGUGCAAACCUGCCUGGCUGUCACACCUCAACUGUUGGUGCCAGAACUGACAAUAGCAGUAGAAACUAGAAACCACCACAUCACUGAAUGAUCCCCAAAAGUCGAUUGUUGUGUAAUACAUUGCUAUUUUAAAUAUUUAUUACUUUGUGAGGUGUUCUAAGCCACCAAAAGCUAAAUAACACUAUGUAUAUGAGUCAAACAGGUUAAUAAUG